GGUGGAGUAACUCUAUAAACCAAGACACACCUUUGUCAGGACUUGUUGGGAAGCAAAGAGCUGAAAGAAACAAGGGGAAGAGAAAAAGUGAACAUUUUUGAAAGAUCACUCAGCUUUAACACACCUUGGCUGGAUCUGAAUAAAAAAGUGGGCGCUGCAAAUUGCCCGAAGAAAACAUCAGGGGAAGCAAGCGAGAGGGGAUUUGUUCACAGGUGUUUGCGAUUCCUUCCCGGGCUCAAGCUGGUCGCCGUGACUGAGGAGUCUUGGGCUGUGGGGCACACAGCCAGUGAGUGGCUUCAGGCUGAGAAAGAGGCAUUCUCCCGUACCCACCAGGGGUGGCUAUGGGAUGGAUGUAACCAAGAAAAACAAACGAGAAGGCACGGAAGUCACUGAAAGACUUAUCACUGAAACAGUGACUACAAGACUUACUUCUUUACCACCAAAAGGGGGCACGGGCAAUGGCUAUGCUAAAACAGGCUCUCUCGGUGGAGGGAGCCGGAUGGAGAAGCAAAGCCUGAUCCAUGGCAGCAGCAGCUACAUAAACUCAAGUGGAAGCCUCCGAGGCAGCACCUCCACCUCCAGUUACAGGAGGGCCCACUCGCCUUCCUCCACUCUGCCCAACUCACCAGGCUCCACCUUCGAGAGGAAAAGUCACGGGACCCGCCAUGGAGCCUACGAAGGGAGCUCCAGUGGCAACUCCUCCCCUGAGUACCCCCGGAAGGAAUUCGCAUCUUCUUCAACCAGAGGACGGAGCCAAACACGAGAGAGCGAAAUUCGAGUUCGACUGCAGAGUGCAUCCCCGUCUACCAGAUGGACAGAAUUGGAUGAUGUUAAGCGAUUGCUCAAGGGCAGCCGGUCCGCAAGCGCGAGCCCCACUCGGAAUUCCUCCAACACACUCCCCAUCCCCAAGAAAGGCACCGUGGAGACCAAGAUGGUGACAGCCAGCUCCCAGUCGGUGUCGGGCGCCUACGACACUACCAUCCUGGACGCCAACCUCCCCUCCCACAUGUGGUCCUCCACGCUGCCUGCGGGGUCCUCCAUGGGGACGUAUCACAACAACAUGACCACGCAGAGCUCUUCCCUCCUCAACACCAACGCCUACUCGGCCGGAUCAGUCUUUGGAGUCCCAAAUAACAUGGCAUCCUGCUCGUCCACCCUGCACCCCGGACUCAGCACCUGCUCCUCAGAUAGUUGCAACAGACAGAGCUGUGCCCAUCUGAAGCCAGGAGCACAUGGGUGCAGGGCCCAAGGACUUGGGCCAUUUGCUACUGCCUUCCCAGGCCAUAGCAGAGAGCUGGAUCGGAAGUGGAGCAGCUGGGACUUGAACCAAUGUCCAUAUGGGAUGCCGGGGCACUUGUUCGGCAUGCAGAACAACCUGGCCCCCAGCUCGUCCACCCUGUCCCACGGCACGGCCACCACCUCCACAGCGUAUGCUGUGAAGAAAAACCUGCCCCAGAGCCCUGCCGUUGCAAGCACUGCUGUGUCAACCUCAGCAGCCUGCACCACAAGGGUCCAGAGUGAUGAGCAGUUGCACAAGGAUUGCAAGUUCCUGAUCCUGGAGAAGGACAACGUGCCUGCCAAGAAGGAGAUGGAGCUGCUGAUCAUGACCAAGGACAGCGGCAAGGUCUUCACCGCCUCCCCCGCCAGCGUCGCUGCAACUUCCUUUUCAGAUGACACCCUGAAAAAAGAAAAGCAGGCUGCCUACGCUGCUGACGCCUCCCUGAAGGCUGAAGCUAACGGAGACCUCAAGUCCAUGUCCGCCAAGGGCAAGGCCGGCUCCGCAGAAAUCCACGGCUACGACCACGGCGGCGGUGGCGGCGGUGGCCGAGGUGGUGGCGGUGGCGGCGGCGGCGGCGGCGGUGGUGGGGGCCCGUGGGGCGCGGCACCGGCUUGGUGCCCGUGUGGCUCCUGCUGCAGCUGGUGGAAAUGGCUGCUGGGCCUGCUGCUCACCUGGCUGCUGCUCCUGGGGCUGCUCUUCGGCCUCAUUGCUCUGGGCGAGGAGGUGAGGAAGCUGAGAGCCCGCGUGGAUGAGCUGGAGAGGAUGCGGGGCGGCGUGAUGUACCGUGAGGACACCCUGGGGAAGAGCAGCAAGGACCGCCUGCAGGCGGCACCCGGCGUAGGGGCAGGAGUGGGCAAGGCCGGGCUGGAUGGCCACAGCCAGGAGGCGCUCUGGCUGUUCGUGCGGGAGAGGCUGAUGACGGAGCAGGAGAACGGAAACCUCCGGGGAAACCCUGGCCCUAAAGGUGACAUGGGAAGUCAAGGCCCUAAAGGAGACCGUGGGCUCCCUGGGACUCCAGGCAUCCCCGGACCCCUGGGCCUCCGUGGCCCGGAAGGACCAAAGGGGCAAAAAGGCAGCGUGGGAGAUCCUGGCAUGGAAGGACCCAUGGGCCAGAGAGGGCGAGAAGGCCCCAUGGGACCUCGUGGUGAACCAGGGCCACCUGGGUUUGGAGAGAAAGGGGAGAGAGGCGCUGCUGGUGAACCAGGUCCUCACGGGCCCCCCGGUGUCCCGGGUUCUGUGGGUCCCAAAGGUUCCAAUGGCUCUCCUGGCCCUCAGGGGCCCCCAGGUGCCAUAGGUCUCCAAGGGCUCCGAGGUGAAGUGGGACUCCCUGGUGUCAAAGGUGACAGAGGCUCCAUGGGACCUCCAGGCCCCAAAGGCGACCAGGGCGAGAAGGGACCACGAGGCCUCACAGGCGAGCCCGGUGUGAGAGGUUUGCCUGGGGCCGUGGGCGAGCCCGGGGCUAAAGGAGCCAUGGGUCCCGCUGGCCCCGACGGACACCAAGGCCCACGAGGUGAGCAAGGCCUGACAGGGAUGCCGGGAACCCGCGGCCCACCAGGACCUUCAGGAGACCCAGGAAAGCCAGGUGUCACAGGACCCCAGGGACCUCAGGGCCUCCCAGGUACCCCCGGCCGGCCAGGGACUAAAGGUGAACCUGGCGCUCCGGGCAGGAUCGUGACUUCAGGGGGAUCAUCGACCAUCACUGUCCCGGGCCCCCCUGGACCUCCUGGCGCUAUGGGCCCCCCGGGACCUCCAGGUUCUCCAGGCCCUACAGGUCCCGCUGGUGUCCCUGGACAGCAAGGCCCACGAGGGGCGCCGGGGCUGGCCGGGGAGUCCUUCAUGAGCAGUAGCAGCUCCAUCUCUGAGCUCCUCUCUACCCAAGGCCUGGAUUUACGAGGUCCCCCAGGCCCACCUGGACCACGUGGGCCACCAGGACCUUCCAUCCCUGGCCCACCCGGCCCCCGAGGCCCUCCAGGGGAAGGCGUGCCAGGCCCCCCGGGCCCCCCAGGAUCCUUCCUGGCCAACUCAGAAACCAUCUUCUCUGGGCCCCCCGGACCCCCUGGCCCUCCUGGCCCCAAGGGAGACCAAGGUCCCCCAGGCCCCCGAGGACACUCAGCGUCCAAUUCUCUUGGAGUCGAUCUACAGGGACCACCAGGCCCACCUGGCCCGCAGGGACCCAAAGGUGACAAAGGUGAUCCUGGCAUUCCUGGUGGGCCCUCCAGAGGGGGAUCAUCAAGCACCACGUACAUGCAGGGCCCACCCGGCCCCCCCGGGCCCCCGGGCCCCCCAGGCUCCGUCAGCAGCUCCAGUCGUGAGAUUCAGCAGUACCUGGCUGAGUACCUGCAGAGUGACAGCGUCAGGUCUUACCUUUCUGGAGUCCAGGGCCCCCCUGGCCCCCCGGGUCCCCCAGGGCCCGUCACCACCAUCACGGGCGAGACCUUCGACUAUUCGGAGCUGGCGAGCCUCGUUGUGAGCCACCUGAAGACUUCUGGGUACAGCCUCAGCUCGGCCUCGGCCUCCAUCUCGUCUGAAGACAUCCUGGCGGUGCUGCAGCGGGACGAUGUACGUCAGUACCUCCGUCAGUUCCUGACGGGCCCUCGGGGUCCCCCGGGGCUUCCAGGAGCCAGCGCCGAUGGGGCCCUGCUGUCACUGGACUACGCAGAGCUGAGCAACCACAUUCUCAGCUACAUGGCCAGCUCCGGGAUCAGCAUUGGGCUUCCUGGGCCCCCUGGCCCCCCAGGCCUGCCAGGAACAUCCUAUGAGGAGCUCCUCUCCCUGCUCCGAGGGUCUGAAUUCAGAGGCAUCGUUGGACCCCCAGGCCCCCCAGGGCCUCCAGGGCUCCCAGGCAAUGUGUGGUCCAGCAUCAGCAUGGAGGACCUCUCGUCUUACUUGCACACUGCCGGCUUUUCCUCCAUCCCAGGCCCUCCUGGUCCUCCUGGGCCCCCAGGUCCUCGUGGGCCCCCUGGGGUCUCGGCAGCUCUAGCGACCUAUGCAGCUGAAAACAGCGACAACUUCCGGAGUGAGCUGAUCAGCUACCUCACAAGUCCUGAUGUGCGCAGCUUCAUCGUGGGCCCCCCAGGCCCGCCGGGGCCCCAGGGACCCCCUGGAGACAGCCGCCUGCUGCCACUGGACGCCGCCUACAGCAGGAGCAGCAGCUCCUCCGCCCGCCGGAGCUCCUCCUACAGUUCAACGGGAGGCUCCUUGGGCGAAGGGGGAGCCUUUGGUGCAGGAGCCGGGGGCCCCUAUGGCACUGACAUCGGCCCAGGCGGAGGCCUUGAGGCAGCAGAGGGCGGCGCGUACGGCAGCAAUGGAGGAUCAUCCCGGAACGGCUUUGCUGGAGAUCUGGAUUACAACGAGCUGGCUGUUCGGGUGUCAGAGAGCUUGCAGCGUCAGGGCCUGCUACAAGGAAUGGCCUACACUGUCCAGGGCCCACCAGGCCAGCCCGGGCCCCAGGGGCCCCCUGGAAUCAGCAAGGUCUUCUCUGCCUACAGUAACGUGACUGAGGACCUCAUGGACUUCUUCCGAACUUAUGGAACCAUUCCAGGACCCCCUGGGCAGAAGGGGGAGGUGGGCAUCCCAGGACCCAAAGGUGACAGAGGCUCUGCUGGACCAAGAGGUCUUCCUGGGCCACCUGGCCCUCGAGGGCACAAGGGAGAAAAAGGAGACAAAGGUGACCAAGUCUACAUUGGGCGGAGAAAGAGAAGUAUCGCCACCAAGCCGUGAGCUAACCUUGGCGGAACAAGCCCCUGGACCGGUUCUUACAAUGCUUAUGGGCACUUACAUCAAAUUCUCUCUCAAGCGUGAAAGCUGGAGCCUGCCGAUGUCCUACUGACAGCAUGGCCUGAACAGUCCACCAGCAACACCUGUUUUAGUCUGAACAAGAUACAGGCAUACAUAUAGCAUUCAAAGACGAUCUGAAAGCCUCAGGGGCAGACUUUAACAGUAGGUGCAACGUUUUAGAACGAGAGUGACUUCUCUGCUCUCUAGCUCUGUGCUCUUGACUUCUUUAAUACUUAGUUCACGCCCCAAGCUAGGAAGGCCAGUUCACGCAAGCUUGUUCAGGACUCUUGGAGCUUUGCCUAAAACUGAAUCCAGGAAACAAAGACUGGAUGGGGUGCCUCUGCGAGGUGACACUGGGCAGGUGCGUCCCGGUUAUUACUGCGAGCUGCGCUGGCAGCUCCUUCCUCCGCCGUUCCCUCUGCAUUCUUAAGUCACAGAAAAGUUAGCUAAGAUGCGAUGCUUGCUACUGACAAAAUUAAGAAAUUCACUUCCCUUAUAGGAGGUGACAGGGUUUCUCAGUUAUAUUACACAUGUGUAUCACAGUCCGACUGGCUUAGAGAGUCUGACUGCAGCUAUAAUAUGUAUCCACAGGUCCACGCUAGAGUUCAGAGAGAGGCUGUAUUGAAGUAGAUGUGGGCAAUGAGCAAGGAAUAGAGGGAGAGGAGGGGAAAGAGGCUCCCUGACACUGGGAGAGGGGGCUUCCACUUGAGACGUCGUCCUCUGCUCUGCACUUAGGACAUGGCGUGGAGGACUGGGUGCAGUUGGCUUUUAAGCACUUUUCAAUGUCUAAAAACAUCUGCAUGUGGUCUAUGAGAUGAAAAGUCAUUUCAGUUGUAAAAUCUUCAAUUAAAGUUUUUUUUUUCUUUUUUA